GACUGUUUGUAUUUCUGUCUUACUCUCACGAUGGUGGAUUGCAUGUUCAUAUUGACUCGAAUUUUCUUCAUUUCCUGCUGUGUUCUGACUGUACAUUGUGCACAACCCAAUUGUACAUCUGUGACUGACUUUGAUGAUUGUCCAGGGAAUAUAAUACAUUUCUGUCCAGAGAAUAUUGUUUGUGCAUGCAAAGAUGGAGAGCCUUUUUGCAAAUGUCCAAAUUUCAGAGGCCGGUGGGGAAAUUAUUGGUACAUGGGGACCAAAUGUGACCAGCUCUGGAAUACUCUGGACCUGAUUUUAGUAGCAGCAUUGCCUGGAAUAGGACUGGCUAUACUAGUUGGUGUAACAAUCCAGACUAUCCACUACUGUAAAAAGAAGUCAAGGAAUACAAAUGAUCACCGAGAACAGAGGAGUUUAUCAGGACUCCAACCUCGGCAUAAUUCUGCACAUGCUUUUGAUACUGCUAUGAGACCUUCUCAACCUGAUCAAGGCCAGAAUCCCUGGAGUUCAUCCCUUCAGAGCAUCCUUCCUAGAAGUCCUGUAUCUCCACCACAACAGUUCUCUGGAAGAAAUUACAACAUUAUGACUCAUGAGCCCAAAGAGGACAAUCCUUACAUCCAUCCAUCUUUUAUUUGGAAUGGCUCUCUGGGAACAGCUAGACCUGAAGCAAAUUAUGGGGACAAGUAUUCUUCAGCCAUGCAUAUGAAGCCACUUUUCAGUUUGGCCACACCAGGAGUUCCAAAGUCAAGCUACACUCAAAGAGAGAGACAACAAAUUGGAUACCCAAUUUCUGAAGAGCCAGAAAUCCCUUAUAAGAUAGGACAUGUGCAGACAAAACCCAACUAUUAAACGUUUCCGGCAGAAAAAAAUCUGUAUAUAUAUAUAAUUUAUAUAUAUUAUAUAUACAAUAUAAUUUGAUCAUUUUCAAAGCAUACUUGGAAUAUUUUUAGAGAACUAUGAGUAUGAGUUACCUAUGCUAUAAAUUAUACUUUACCUUUCUUUCUGUAUUAAUGCCAUCAAUUGUUAUCUCUUUAUAUGUUUAACUUUUCCUUCCCCCAACCCUUCCUUCUAUGACCACAGAGCGAAACUUUCACUUCCAAUAUCCAACUUCUUUAACCAGCAGGAAUGGCAAAUACUUGUUAUCUCCAAAAUUCAGCAUAACACUUGCUUACUGAUUUAUGACAUGUAUCUUUAUGAAGUACUCAGUGAAAUGCAUAGAAGGUUGGUUGCAAAUUGCUUAUAGAGCAUAUUGAAUACUUUUUAGUUACUGGAUA